GCUUUAAAAGAAACAGGCCUUCCAAAACCAGCUGGUAGUGCUUAUAAUCUUUUCAUAAGGUCGCAAGCAAAACUCAAAAUAGACAUAAAAGAACCAACAAAAUUUAUCAAGGAAGUAGCUGAAGUUUGGAAAAAUUUACCAGAAGAGAAGAAAAAAGAAUUUGAACUUCAGGCUCAGAAAGACAAAGAAAGGUUUGCCCUUGAAAUGCAGAACUGGAAAGAUAAAUUAGCCAAAGAGAAUAAGUUGGACCUCUUUAAAAAUUUUGAAGAAAUGCGUAAAAGAGGAAAGCUAUCUGUGGACGUAGCUCUACAAGACAAGAAGGAAGUUGUCUCAGAAACUAAGAAUAGAAGUGUUUCAAAAAACUGAAUUGCGACAAUUUUAAUUUUGAAAAUUUGGAAUAUAUGUGGGAAAGGGUAAUUCCUGCUGAGAUGUGUAGCAAGGAUUUUGAGAUUCUACUAAAGAAGACUAAACAGACACUCUUGCUGUUUUUUACUUUUUUUGUCAUUGUGUACAAAAGUUGAGUUUUCGUGUAAGCAUAUGUGAAAAUCUUCAUUUAUUGCAAAAAAUAAUGUAAAAUAUUCUGUACUAUCAAAACAUAAUAAA